GGGGAAGAACAACACAAGGAUUAAAUGUUUCAACCGCUCCGAUACUCUUUAACCGCCAGCCGCGCAUUAACGGACAGCUUAAGACCCCGGCCGUCUGAUCGACCGACUCAGAAAACGGCAAAGAUAGACAGUCACUAAUAAGGAAGAAGUUAAAAUGGGAGCACUCCUCAGCGUUUCGCCACUCUAUCUAUCUCUCUGUCUGUACGCGUUCACGAGCGUUUAAUUCGCCAGAUCGAGCGCCGUACGAAACAACUGGAGAGCUGCGUGAGCGCUGGUGCUGAAGUGUGUCCCAGGUGCGCUCGGAGCAGGACGGAUGGCAGCUGUGCGAAUGGGCUCCAAGGACCAACGGCACAGUCGUGUAGACAUUUUCCACCAGGGCUAUGCGGGGCCACUGGAGGCCCUUCCCCGGGCAUCCACGUUCCUAGAGGAGCAGGACAGGAGCCUGGUGGCCCUGCGGAGACAGGCGGUAAAGAUGGCAACCAAGACCCAUUCAGGUGGUGAAAUGCCCCUCGAGCAACUUCUGGCACUUUAUGGGUACAACAUGCCUGAUCCGGUCCUGGAACAACAACAGGAGCCAAAUGAGCUGGCAGCUAGUCUGCCUGAAAUGACACUGGACAAGGUUCAGAUAGGUAAAGAUCUGCUCUCAGGAGGGGAGGAUGUGGACAACCAUUCCUCUGUUGAUGACCUCACACUCUCCAUCACGUCCCAUGCAUCUGACCUCUUACAAUGCCACCUGAGAGGUGAUGACAAAGACACUUCAGUCAGCUGCUCUGAAGACGACUCAGAAAGCACCUCUAUCCCCUCCAGUGAUGGCCGAAAGGACAUCAUGGUGGGCCCCCAGUAUCAGGCUAUAAUUCCUGCUCUCUGUACACACACUUUUUAUGAAAGAGCCUAUGAAAAUGAGGACCAGUUGUUGUGGACCCCAGAUGUGUUGUCCAGUCUGGCAGUAGAGAAGUUUUUGCUUGAAGUCCAGAGAAAAGGGAGUGACAAUGGACCUACAAACACUCUGACCACAGGAGAUAUAGUCAAAGACAAUGAGCAGGCUCUUUAUGAACUAGUAAAAUGUAACUUUAAUGCAGAAGAGGCACUAAGAAGAUAUCGCUUUAAUGUCAAGGUUUUCAGUGAAGAGCUUUGUGCCUGGAGUGAGGAGGAGUGCCGUAACUUUGAGCAUGGUUACCGUGCCUAUGGGAAGAACUUCCACCUCAUACAGGGCAACAAGGUCCGCACGCGCUCGGUGGGUGAGUGUGUAGAGUACUACUACAUGUGGAAGAAAUCAGAGCGGCAUGAGUAUUUCACACAGCAGGCCACCAAGCUGGGUCGGAAAAAGUGCAAUCUACCAUCUGGGAACACAGAGGAUGCUGAGCCGGAUGGGGAUUCUGGCGAUGUGGAAGGUACCAAUCAAGGUUUGCCAAGUCGGUCUUCCAUUCAACUCCAGCCUCCAUCGCCACCUGCUGUCAUGGAGCUGGAUAAACAAGAGGAGAGCCUGAAUUGUGCAGCUCAGUUUCAGGGUCGUCCACGACGGAAACGCACACCGCGCUUCCUAUUAAAGCCCUGAGCUUGCUGCUCACUGACAACCUAAAACUGUCAGACACAGGUUCUGAGCAAAACAUUGGGGAGCUGGAACUAUGUGCAGGUUCUUGUUCUAGCCCACAGGGGGAGCAGCUGUUCAGACAAUUUUUGCCUCUCCCACAAGCGCUCCAGACGCCAGACUUAGCCUCCCCGUCCACCCAGCUUUACUUGUCCUCGCUCCCUCUUAGCCACUCCGUCCCUUCUUCCCAGCCAGACUCAGGGCUCCUGGGAGCAGGUCUUAACCAGCUACAACUGGGGUCUUUCCCUAAAGAUCCUGCACCUGCCUGCUCAGAGUGUGUUGCCUCACGGAGGCUUCAAAUUGACUUUUCUUUGCCUCCCUCGCCUGUCCCAUCCGUCCCAGAUUUUGGGGUACUCAGUAGCCUCUUGUGCCCACCUUCCUCCAUCUGCUCCACACCCAUCCAACACAGCAAUUCACCUGUUCAGCGAAGGGAAACAUUCCAGAUCUAAGCAAAUGUGACGACUGUCAUUCACCUGGAGUUUGCAGUUGUCUUCAGGCUACUCCAGAAAAGUCUGAAAUAAAGGGAUAAUUCAACCAAAAAUGAAAAUUAUGCCACCGUUACUCACCCUCAUGUCAUUCCAAACCUGUUUGAUUUUUUUUUUUUUUUUUUUUUUUUUUUUUUUUAAGUUUUUGUCCAUACAGUGAAAGUAAAUGGGGUCCAGCUCCAAAAAAAUACAUCAAGAUAGCAUAAAAGUAAUCCAAAAGUACAUUACUUUUAUUUUAUUUUCAGAAACUUCUUUCCCUUUUCUCCUACUUUUCCCCCAAAAUAUUCCACAUUGACUUACUUUCUUCUGCAGAACACAGUAAAAGUAAGUCAUACAGGUUUGGAAGGACAUGAGGGUGAAUAAAUGAGGACAGAAUUUUUAUUUUUGCCUGAACGAUCCCUUUAAGGAAUGUGUUCAAGAAUUCCUCGUUUAAACCAUGCGACUUCUACUAAACUAGUAACCAGGUGUUUUAGGGAGCUGGUUGUCUCUGUCAGACUACUACAUGCAAUGAAAGUGUUUUUAACUACCUAAUUGUAAGCUUCCUAAUUGUAAGAAAAGUUUGAUGGUCUCAUUUUAUAGCAACUGUUUGGUAAGCCCUUCAUUGCAUGUAGUUCUUAUAAGCGCUCAAUUUUUAAAUCGCUUAUUUCUUUUUGUUAAAGCAUAAAAUGUUUUACUUGUAAAGAAGAUAUCAUCAAGAAUGAACUACUAAUGCAGUUGUUUCGUCCUUUCAUUUGUUGCGAUACCCUUUAUGAGAUUCUGGCUUUCCCGUUGUAGGUUCUUCUUUGUGCAAUAAAAAAACACAAGUUCCUCAGGGGCUUCGAUCGUUUCCCUCUCGGUCUGGUCCGUCGGUACUUCAGUACUAAGUGUUGAAGAGGGUUUUUUGAAUGGUUUAUGAAUACGCUCCAUGCUUCGCCAACAAAUCCUGAUGUAAGUGACGGAUUCACUCUAUUAAGUUUCUCAGGUUUUGCAGCCAGUUGUCUUUGCAUGAAGCCACAACCUGUCAGCCCUCCAUACUACCCAGAAUCCUUCGCUAUCCAGAGAAACCGGCACUGUCGAAUCUAGUUUAGUACCUCAAUUGUGACUGGACUUCUGUUAGAAUAGUUCUGUUAGAACUAUUUAGAAUUUAAAAGCAUCAUGUAUCAUCAUUCACUUCCCUUUAUACACUCAGAUUCAAAAAUGUUUUCUAAUUGGCUUUAAGUUUUGUUUAGUUUACACAAGGUUCAGAAGAUAAGAAAGGGAGACAAACACCACCUUGACUUAUUUUACUUUUACUUUUUU